AGGGUUGGAUUGCGCAGGCGCUGAAGGGAGUGUCUGGACAGGGUUGGGCGCCCCCGCCUCUUUUGUAGCCGCGGUGUUGUCGUUUCUGUCGAUAGGAUGGCUGAGGUAGAAGAAACCCUAAAACGAAUCCAGAGCCAGAAGGGAGUACAAGGGAUCAUUGUUGUCAAUGCAGAAGGCAUUCCAAUUAAAAGUACCAUGGACAACUCCACCACCAUGCAGUACGCCAACCUGAUGCACAGCUUCAUCCUGAAGGCUCGGGGUACUGUGAGGGACAUUGACCCCCAAAAUGAUCUUACAUUCCUGCGCAUUCGCUCCAAAAAAAAUGAGAUUAUGGUAGCUCCAGAUAAAGAUUAUUUCCUGAUUGUUAUCCAAAAUCCAUCAGAGUAAUUUGCCAUAUUCGGGGUACCAUAUUUUUGUCUUUAGCUUAAUAGUCUCCCCGAAAGAAAUCAUUAGUCUGUUCCCUCUCCCCACGGAAUGGCACAUGGAAAACAAAAGAUGAUGUCAGACUGAAUUUAAAGAAAUCAUGUGACCCAGGGUGUGGCCCAGAUUGAUUUUCUUAACCUUUUCCCCACCUUGAGUGUUUGGGAGCUGCCUUGGUUCCUGAGAAAACCCCUUGACCUGGACUGGCAGGGCCGGCCUGGGGCCUCAGGCCUCCCUUCCAUUCUCCCUCCACCCCUUCUGGGCCUCUGCUUCUGUUUUUAAUUGUAUUGCUGUCUUGAAAGGCAUUUAACUAAAAGUAAUCCUAAUGA